AUGACCAAUCUGGAAACGCGGCCGGCGAAGCCGCUCCCGUACUUCGAUGACUUCUCCUCCGCAGACGAGUACGUGGACAAUCUCUUGCAUUUCGUAGCCAGCUCCGACCUCUUCCAGAUUUUCGGCGCCGGACAAAUCCACAUUUUAGACUUUUUCACCAGCAACCCAGGCUCAUUCGUGUCUGCCGUGCCUAAAGAAUGGCAAGACUAUCUCGUACAGAUCGAGCCGAUGGCCCUGCUGGAUCUUCUUUGCCGGGACGAUUUCUCGGUCUCCUCGACCGCAGAACCCCCUCGCCCUCCAGAGUCACUCAUCCAGUAUGUCAAAGACAUUCGCAGGCUCUCAUUGAACCGGUCUUUCACCCCAGGAACGUCGAAGCUGUCGGUUUUCCCCAGGCAUGUGGCGCUUGGGAUGAACGCGAAGAAGGUCCAUGAAUGCUUAAAUUUUGCGGGCUUCAUCGACCGUCUCAGCGACGACAUUGUCCGUGCAACUGGCGCCGAGUUCACUCACUAUGUAGACUUCGGGAGCGGGCAAAACUAUCUCGGGCGGGCACUUGCAAGCCCACCCUACAACAAGCACAUCGUUGCCGUCGAGAGCAAGGAGGCCAACAUGGCCGGCGCCAAGGGCCUGGACAUUCUAUCGGGGCUCGCAGAGAAGGAGAAGCGGGUGCGCAACAAGAAGCUCUAUCAACGAAUCCUCGAGGCUGUGGAUCCAUCGCUGCACAACAACGAGGAAGCCCUCAAGCGUGCGGCGAAAGAACUUGGCAUCCCUGAUGAGGAUAUUGCUACCAUCGACCUCAGAUCCAGAAAAGAGCUGCAGGCCACAUACACAAUCGAAGAAGGAAAAGGCACCAUCGAAUACGUCGUCGGCCGCCUACAGCACGCAGACUUGACCGGCGUGCUCUCCCAGUUGCGUGGCCAGGAAAACGGAGUCCGACAGGAAGACCUCCGUAUGAUGGCCAUCUCAAUCCAUUCCUGUGGGAACCUGUCACACUACGGCAUCCGGUCCAUGAUCCAAAACAGGGCAGUGGCGGCAGUGGCAAUAGUGGGAUGCUGUUACAACCUCCUCACCGAACGGCUCGGCCCUCCGUCGUAUAAGCCCCCUUUCAGUCGGCCUACCCUGCAGCCCAUCAAUGGGCGAGUGGUCAGGGAGUCGGAGCGACGGGAUCCGCAAGGCUUCCCAAUGAGCGAGAGGGUUUCCACGUACGGCCAGGAGGGCAUUAGGCUGAACAUUACAGCCAGAAUGAUGGCCUGUCAGGCGCCGCAAAACUGGACCGAAAAGGAGAGCGAUUCCUUCUUUACUCGACAUUUUUACCGCGCUGUCCUGCAGAAGAUCUUCUUAGACAAGGGCGUCAUUUCUCGCGUCUACCAUGGGAAAGAGACGGACAGUGACAGUCCCUUCAAUUCCAGCACCAACCCGGUCAUCAUUGGAUCUCUGCGAAAGCACUGCUACACUUCUUUCAACGCCUAUGUGCGCGGCGCCAUCACUAAGUUGACCACCAAUUCAGAUUUCAGCCAAUACAGUCAGACCAUCAAGGAGAAAAUGGGUGACAUCACGGAUGAGGAGAUUGCCCAGUACGAGGAGGCAUUUCGACAUCGGAAGCGGGAGCUCAGCGCUGUCUGGAGCCUGAUGGCUUUCAGCGCCUGCGUUGUCGAGUCCCUCAUCGCGGUUGACCGUUGGCUGUUCCUCCGUGAACACUCGGAUAUUGUCCAGGACUGCUGGGUCGAGACGGUUUUCGACUACCGCGAGAGCCCUCGGAAUUUGGUCGUUGUUGGCAUCAAGAAAUAA